CCUUGCAUUAUCAAACGCUUCCCCGUGUGUCUCUUGUGCGUCAUUAAUAUACAUGUAUUAUAUGUGUAGACACUUUGUCAUCGCGAGCGCUGGACAGGAAGUCGACACUGUUUUUAGUAUAACGAAAGUGUGUCAGUGAGCAGCGAGUGCGAGCCAAUGCGCUCCGCGCGGCCAGAUCGACUCCAAACUCUUGCACCUCUCUCGCUCUUUUUUCGCAACCGCAAAAUACGAGCAUUUUUUUUAGCGCCGAUUUAUCCGGCCCGGCUGGCUUCCUACCUUCGAUCGUAGCUCCCUUUCAAAGAUUCCGCUGCUUAACGUCGACGACAACGACAUCGAUAAGCGACAAUGACUAUACUGAUGCUGCUGAUUCUCGCCAAAAUGAUGACAACACCAUGAUUUUGAUUGUGCGUGAAAACAUUUAAAAAGACGUGUGAAUCAUUAUAUAAACAAUCCCAAAUGUUGCAGUUUAUCAAUAACCAAUUGGCUUGAAAAGUAACAAAAUGAUACCAAGAAAAAAACUGCAUUUACUGCUUUUCAUGCUGCAAAUAUCUUAUAUUUUUGGAGACUAUGAUACAAGUAUCGACAACUUACUCUUAAGCACUGACUUCAAAGAGAAUGUCAUUGAUGAUUCUUUCAAUGCUAAUGAAAAAUUCAGCAAAAUAGAUAAAACAGUCGAAAAUGCGAAAAAAGAUUACUUACCACAGACUACCACUAUUGACAUUCGUGAAGAGACAACUACUUCAGUGUUUGAAUCAAGCACAGACCCAAGUUCAGAAGGGGAAAAGGCAAUAGAUAUCAACUUACAAAUCGCUGAUAUUAAUGCUACUUUUGCAAAUGUAUCAUGGAAUUAUGAAGGCCAGAAUGUAACUUUUAUUCUCAAAGAUGAUCUCGAAAUCAAAUUACAAAUAAAGCUUAAUAAAUCCGAAAAAUAUCAGGAAAUCAAUAAUCUAGAGCCCUGUUACAAUUAUAUAGUUGAAUUGAUAUUGGACGACGAAAUCUUGAACAAAAAUUUUACUAAAAAUUUUACCACGUCAUAUUAUCCUCCAGGGAAACCAAAUAAAUUAAAAUCGUUUGCAAAUCAAAACAAUUCAUUGAGAAUUGAAUGGGUUAAACCUAAAUAUGCAAGCAAUUGUGUAAAGGGCUACAAAAUUGAUUUAGAUUUGACUCACAUGGAACAUAAACAUGUUGGACCUGCUUAUACUAAUGAAACUUUUUAUGAAUUUGAAAAUCUAUAUUCUUGCACUGUCUAUUUGGUAUCAGUAGUUGCAGUGGACUCAUCAAACAGCGAAUCCGAUAAAGUAGCUACAAUAGAAUCUGCACCGACCUUAGCAACAAUUUCUCAAUCGCCUGUGCUAAGCAAUGCUACUCAAUAUAUUACUAAAAACUCGAUAAAUGUGACUUGGAAUGCUCUUGACCCAUCAAAUAAUUGUACUUUGAAAGAGAUUUACUUUAAUUGCUCGUGGGAUAAGACUCAUGGCAUGGGAUAUGAUGUUUUCAACAGCAAUGUUACUGUCAGUAUUGAAAACAAGACUAUUGAUGAACUUCAACACAUCUCUACCAUUGUUGAUAAUGUAUCCCCAUUUACCGAUUACAUCUGUCAAGCGUUGAUAAAAAAUGAGGCUGGAUCAAGCAAUUGGAGCACACCAGUACUUAUUACAACAGAAGAAGACCUUCCAGGGGAACCGUUGAACUUUCAAACGUACAAUAAAAAUCAUGGAAUCGAAUUUACUUGGGAGCCUCCGAAAAUAAUGCCAGGUAGAUUUAUCGGUUAUAGAUUAGAAUAUACUUGGGAACCACUGUACAUGGUACCCACGCAUUGCAAAGGAUCAAAGCCAAAACGUAAAGUGUGCUCUAUACCAGCCACUAAUAAAUCGUGGACUGAAAAUGAAAAUGAGAUAAGUGCCUUCUACGAAACAAAACUUGCAGCUGCUACAUCUAUUGGUGUGGGUCCAUAUGUUUUUAGUAAAUUUUCAAGUAAUAAGGUGGGAAUUCCUUCAGCGGUAACGAAUUUACAAUGCCGAACGCAGACGUCAAAAGAGGAUUUAAAGCUAUUAGACACAAUUUUGACUUGGCAACUGCCGUGCUCCUUACGAGGCAACUUGAUAAGUUUUUCCGUCGAGUACUCGGGGGAAAGGGAUUGCGAAGGUUGUUCACCACACAAAGGUGUGACAGAACUAAACAUCGAAUACGACAUCACGAACCCAGACGAAGUGUUUUCGAUAAACCUGGGCGAACUGAAACCAGCUUACAACUACACUUUUACUGUGCGAGCAAAGUCAACGGCUUCGGACGAUUAUGGAGAUCCGUCUCUCAUUAACAUGAUAUAUCCAUCUGGGCUUCCAGCGAUGCUCCCAGCUGAUUACAUACAGAUCUUGGGCAUGGGCGAUUACAGAAUGGAUCAUACCUCUCGGAGCGCCACUUUGCUCUUGCCGAUUUUCGACGACUCGAACGGUCCGGUCCAGUUUUAUGCCGUUAUGGUUACAGCUUUGAGCCCGCACAAUUGGACCAGCGAGGGCCGAUGGAACGUUCAUAAACAAGGCUGGCCGGCUACUUUUUCGUGGAAAAACGCCUCUGACAAUGAUUUCACGCUUGUCUAUCAAGCGACUGUGCCAUUUUGGAGUCUAAAAGAUGCAGAGAUUGCCGAGUACGGAGGAUUUUCGGCCGUCAAGUACACAGUCGGCAAAGAUACGACAUGCGCCUACAUGGAAUUUCGUUCAGAAUCAAAAGCUUACUGCAACGGACCCCUCAAACCCAAUACUUGGUACGAGGUAAAAAUGCGAGCUUUCACCUCUGAUGGGUAUAUCGAUUCACCGACGUUUCGCAUUAAAACUGAUCCGGAAUUAAAUCUCACACUGACGAUCGGUGCAUUAAGCGGAAUUUUGUUGAUAGGUUUCCUGCUGACUGUAGUAUUUGGCUUAAAACGCUUCUCUCUGUGCGAAUUUUUCAAUUGCGCCCGACUGAAAUUCCGACGCACCCCGGAACCCAAUCCGAUGACGAUACGCAAAUUUAUGAGGCACUGUAAAGUCAUUAAGGAUAAUCCUGGAAAGCUGAGCAACGAGUACCAGAUGCUCCAGACGCUCAGCUUGGACCUCAUUUUGCCCUGCAACGCUGCUUGCUUGAGAAUCAACCGUUCCAAAAAUCGAUACUCCGACAUUCUGCCUUAUGACUUUACCAGAGUCAAAUUGAGCAUUUUGGAUGGAGAUUCUGCUACAGAUUAUAUCAAUGCCUCGUACAUCAGGGGUUACUCUGGCAGAAAUGAAUAUAUAGCCUGUCAAGGACCAAAAUCUGAUACUUGCUACGAUUUUUGGAGAAUGAUUUGUGAACUUGAAAUUGAAUUUGUAGUCAUGCUCACAAAUUUGGUAGAACAGGGAAGGGAAAAAUGUUUUCGUUAUUGGCCACACAUGGGCGAGACUGCGGAAUACGGAGACAUCAAAAUAACGUCCAUAAAAACCAUGUAUUUUGGAACAUUUGUCAAACGCUGCUUCACCGUUGAACGAGAUCAUUAUCAAAAAACAGUAAGUCAAUUACAUUUCGUCAAGUGGCCUGAUCAUGACAUACCUGACGGUUACGAGCAAACGCUUUAUUUCGUCAAAUAUUAUCGAAAUCAACUUAACAUGAAAAAAGGAUUAUCGGUCGUGCAUUGUAGCGCUGGUAUCGGGAGAACUGGGACUUUCAUAGCUAUUGAUAUGGUACUGCAACACAUUGAGAAUCAUCGAAGGAUAGAUAUUUUUCGUACAGUUUAUGGUAUGAGAAGAGAUCGAGGCUUAAUGGUACAACGCGAGAGUCAAUAUGCUUUCAUUUAUUUUUGCGUGCAUUAUGCCCUGAAAAAUCCAGCUCUCUACGAGACUAUGAGGAAAGACAGUCUAUCGACUUCGAUCGAUUCAAUGAUACCAUUGUGUCAAUCCUCACCCCAAGCUUCACCAAAGAUUUUAAUGAAUGGAUUGAGACACAGCCAAUCAGCGGGUGCCAUUGAUACUAGAUCCGAUCACAAUCGAAUUGAAAGAUAUAAUAGCGAAGGUUAUGCCAUUAGUGAGAUGAAAGAUUCUCUUUCCUCAUCUAGUAAAGACAGUAUCAGUGGAAAUAAUUUAAAAGGUUCGAAUAGUUCUUUAUAUGAAAAUAUUGAAACAGCUUCAAUGCAACCAAGUUCUAAUCAAACAAUAUCUCCCAUCAAUUUAAUAGAAGGUUCUACUUACAACAUUUAUCAAUUUGACUUAUUCAAUAUAGAGUUCAAUUUAAUAAAUAUAUUUUUCAGAUCUCACAGAAAACGACACAUCUCUAUGAAGAGCCAAAAAAAUUGUUUCGUGCCAUGUUAAAUACCUAUAUGUAAUGAAUAGAUAAUAAUUUAUUAUAAAUCCUGUGAGUGGAAUCUGCUGUUAUGAUAUAUUCCACAUGAAUAUAAUUUUUAAAACUGUUUAAGUAUCUUGAUAGAGCUAGUUUGAGUGAAUAAGUCAAAGAAUUGAGUUUUGUAAAAUUUUGUAAGGUAAAAUUGUUUCUGUAUAAUUUUCACAUAAAGAAAAACAUAGCUUUAAAUUUAAAUGAAUGUCAAGUAUUAAUCUCAAAUUAUGUCAUAUGAAAAAAAAAAAAAGUUUCUACUUAAAUAAUUAAAAAUAUUUAUUGAUUUAUCAAUGUGCUUAAAGGAAUUCUUAUACUUAUACAUUUCAUCAGACAAUUCUUGAUUGUUUCUCAAAACUAAAAUAAUACAUGUAUCUGAUAUUUUUGUAUAUAUAUUUACCUAAUAUUACAAUAUCUUAAAAUUUUUAUGUACAUAUUUUUAGCUAUUAAAGUAGCUAUACAUGCUAUAUUGAAUAACUUUGUAUAGGCAAUUAUCCAUUUGCCAUUGAUAAUAUUUGUGAUAAAUACUACUUCAAGUUUUGUUAUACUUUUGAAAUUAUAAUUUCACAUCGGAAUCAAAAUCAGAAGUUCAGAAAACAUAGUUCUAUAAACAAGAAUAAACUGAUUUUCUAAAAUUUAGAACAAUCUUUAUCAAAAAUAACUACCUAUUAUUAAACUAAAUUGUAGUUCUGCAAUUGUAUAAAUUUUUACCAUGAUUCUCAAUGGUUUUUGGAUAGUAGUUUCUUGUAAAUACCAAACAAGCAUCAAAUAUAAAUAAAUAUAAUUAAUAUCUGUA